UCGGUCAGCCGGGGAUGACGCCUUACAGACAGAGAACACCAAGACGCUUCUCCAAAAAGAGAACCGCCGUUUACCAGGGCGGCUCCCAGGGCCGCUCUCCCGCCCCGGCGGCGCCCACAGCGCUGGAAACGAUCUGGAAACACGGCGGGGAGGUGGCAGCGAAGGGGGCUGAAACGCCGCCGAGGCUCACCGCAGGCACGGGGACUGGUGCCGAGCUCCGUGGCGGCGGACAGGGAGCCGGCAGGGGCAGCGAGGCCGGGGAGCCGCCGCGGCGGACAGGCGGCUGCCCGGGCGUCAGGGCCGGCGCGGCCUGACACGGCCCCACAGGCACCUCCGGGCGGGCCCCUCCGCGCCGACAUGGCAGAGGCGGCCGGGCCCGGAGCCGGGCCCUGACACGGACCCGGCUGGCGGGAAGCGCCCGAGCCCCGGGGGCGAUGGCGCCGCUUCCUGGAUGCGGGCGUGCGGCGGCGGAAACGGCCCCCGUCCCCGUUCCCCUCCAGCUGCCGCCGCCGCCAUCACCGCCUCUCUCUCCCGCCUCCGCCUCCUCUGCGCUCCCCCGCCCGCGGUCGGGCCCGCACCGCUCGGGGCCCCGCCCAUGAGGCGGCGGCGGCGGUGGCGGUGGUUGCGGCCGGGGCCGGGGCCGGGGUGAGGCGCCUGCCCGAGGGGCGGCGGCGGCGGCGGGCCGGGGCUGAGGGCCCUGAUGCGGCUGCGGCCGCGGCCGCUCCGCCGCCGGGAGAGGCCCAGCCCCGGCGCCGGGCCCCAUGCACCCCAGAAUGAAUGAAAUGAACUUGAGUCCUGUAGGGAUGGACCAGCUGACCUCAUCCUCUGUGAGCAAUGCCUUGCCGGUCUCCGGGAGUCACUUGGGAUUGGCAGCGUCACCCACUCACAACGCCAUACCAGCACCAGGCUUGCCUGUUGCAAUUCCAAACUUGGGCCCCUCCUUGAGUUCCUUGCCCUCUGCUCUGUCUCUGAUGCUCCCAAUGGGUAUUGGGGAUCGAGGCGUGAUGUGUGGUAUACCAGAGAGAAACUACACCCUACCUCCGCCACCAUACCCUCACCUGGAGAGCAGCUAUUUCAGACACAUUCUACCUGGUAUCUUAUCUUAUUUGGCUGACAGACCUCCACCUCAGUACAUCCAUCCCAACACUAUAAAUGUUGAUAGCAAUCCGGCAUUGUCAGUCUCCAGCAAUCCCUCGGCCCUAGAUCCCUACCAGCCCAGUGGGACCGUGGGGCUGGAACCAGGGAUUGUCUCCAUGGACUCCCGCACAGUGAACACGCAUGGUGCUCAAAAUCUGCAUCCUAGUGACAGCCACGAGGUAGCGCUGGAUACUACAAUCGCUAUGGAGAGCGUUUCGAGGGUAACCAGCCCCAUCUCUACAGAUGGGAUGACAGAGGAGCUUACGAUGGAUGACGUAGCUGGGGAUCAUUCGCAGAUCCCAAACGGCUCCCGGAGACAUGAACCUUUAGCUGUAGACACAGUGGGGAGUAACUUGACGUCGGACGCUGUAGGACACGGCGGUGUCAUUCCUAUUCACAGUAGCACUUUGGAACUCCCUGUCGUCAUGGAGCCUGACCACAUCGCCGGGCGGGUGACAGGAAUAUCGGACAGCACACUAAAUGACUCCAUUCAUACUGUGGCCAUGAGCACCAACUCCGUGAGUGUGGCGCUCUCUACCUCACACAACCUAGCUUCCCUGGACUCGGUAGCCUUGCACGAAGUGGGCCUCAGCCUCGAGCCGGUGGCGGUGUCUUCCAUAAAUCAGGAAGUAGCCAUGGGGCCAAGUCACGUGGAUGUGUCUGCAGACAAUCUUGCCUUUGUACCAUCCUCUCUGCAAAUGGAAGACUCCAAUUCGAACAAGGAGAACAUGGCAACCUUGUUUACCAUAUGGUGCACACUGUGUGACAAGGCAUAUCCAUCAGACUGCCCAGAUCACGGGCCCGUCACCUUUGUCCCUGACACCCCGAUAGAGAGCCGAGCCAGGCUUUCUCUCCCUAAGCAGCUUGUCCUUCGGCAGUCUAUCAUGGGAGCUGAAGCAGGUGUGUGGACACGAGAAACCAUUCCUGUAAGGACGUGUUUUGGACCUUUGAUCGGGCAGCAGAGCCAUUCUCUAGAGGUGGCCGACUGGACAGACAAAGCAGCUAGUCACAUCUGGAAGAUCUAUCACAAUGGUGUCCUGGAGUUCUGCAUCAUUACAACUGAUGAAAAUGAAUGUAACUGGAUGAUGUUUGUACGCAAAGCCAGGAACCGGGAAGAGCAGAAUCUGGUAGCUUAUCCUCAUGAUGGAAAAAUUUACUUUUGCACCUCUCGGGACAUCCCACCUGAACAUGAGCUUCUCUUUUAUUACAGUCGGGACUAUGCACGACAGCUUGGUGUCCCUGAACAUCCGGAUGUGCACAUCUGCCACUGUGGAAAGGAAUGCGCUUCCUAUGCGGACUUCAAGGCCCAUUUGAGCAGCCAUAUUCACAACCACCUCCCCAGCCAGGGGCACAGCAGCAGCCAUGGGCCAGGCCACGGCAAGGAAAGGAAGUGGAAGUGUUCCAUGUGUCCCCAGGCUUUCAUCUCCCCUUCCAAGCUCCAUGUCCACUUCAUGGGACACAUGGGCAUGAAGCCGCACAAGUGCGAUUUCUGUAGCAAAGCUUUCAGUGAUCCUAGCAACUUACGGACACACCUCAAGAUACACACAGGUCAGAAGAAUUAUCGCUGUACCCUCUGCGACAAAUCGUUCACCCAGAAGGCUCAUCUGGAGUCACACAUGGUCAUCCACACGGGGGAGAAGAACCUGAAGUGCGAUUACUGUGAAAAGCUAUUCAUGCGGAGGCAGGACCUCAAGCAGCACGUACUCACUCACACGCAAGAACGGCAGAUCAAGUGCCCCAAGUGUGACAAGCUGUUUCUGAGGACAAAUCACCUGAAGAAGCAUCUCAAUUCACAUGAAGGAAAGAGGGACUAUGUCUGUGAAAAAUGCUCCAAGGCUUAUCUAACCAAAUAUCACCUCACUCGCCACUUAAAAAUAUGUAAAGGCCCCACAUCCAGCCUGUCAGCCCCGGAGGAGGAAGAGGAGGAGGAUUCAGAGGAAGAAUUAAUAGACUCUAUGAGGACUGAAGACUGUAGGAUUAACAAUGGAGUCUAUUCAACAGGGGACGCCCUCUCUGGACACAAAUGAAGAAGAGAGGCAGGGAAAUUUUCUUGGAUGUUAAAACUGGGGAAGGAAAAAAAGCAAAACUCUUCCUUUUUUUCCCCAGUCAACAGCGUAUGUCAAAUAGGAGUUUUCCUUCUGUUUUGGUCUCCGCACUACCACUGCUUAAUGAACUCUGUCGCCAAAACACGGAAUGAGAACGGAUCAUGCACAUAGAAGUGAAGAGUUGCUAAGAAGGAAACGUGAGGCAAGGAGAUUUUCCCCCCCCACACACACUGUGCAUACUUCCUUUCCAAAUCACUCAGAUUAAUCCAUCCAGUGCCGGGAUACAUGACACACCUUGCAUAGCCCUUUGAGUAAAGAGCCACAAACCAGAAAUGUAGUUGAGUGACUGCGGGGAGCUGUAAGCCAACUGUCCUUAACUGCCAAAGCCAUGACAAUAAGAAAAACAAACAAAAAAUAGUGGUGGCAGUGAUGUAUUUUGCUUUUUAAGACUUUUUAACUGAAGGAUGUGGUUUGGCACAAAGCAAAGACUUGUCAAGGCUCAGGUUUUCAUCUUAAAUUAAAAGAAACAACAGCAAAAUCGGCAUUUGCAGACAAAGCAAUUACUUACCCCGCUACAGAAAAGCAAAUAUUGGCUUUUGGAGAACAGUUAUUGCCUCUUCCCACUCUGGUUCCCUAGAACAUGUAAGCAGGUGAAGAGGUAAAGACUGUAUAGACUUAGUAAGGCAGAGGCUUACAGAUGAUGGGGCAGUGUUUACAGUAUAUAUUACUUGUGCUGUAAACCUUUUACCACCUAGAACGAUGGGAGGGUUUGCUGCUAAUAUUAUUUAUGGAAUGAAGAUGUAUUUCAUUUGGUUGUUUUCUUUUGAAAAAAUUAAAAAUGUGGCUCUUUU